CACCACAAACCUCAAAAGGAGCUCCCUUUUCUCUUUCCCCUCUUCCAUUCUCUCUUUGGUCAUUGGUUUUUAAAAUUCUCCACCUUUUGGUUCCUUUGGAUUUUGUUCAGAUUUUAGUUCUUGGGUUUUUCUUUUGAGCUGCUUUGCUCUUCUGGUUUGGUGGUUAUGAAAGUGAGGAAGGACUCCAUGGCUGUUCUGCUCUUUCUUCUCUUCUUAGCUGUGUCUUCAAUUUCUGCUGCUGAAAAUGCUUUUGUGGGUGUAAACCUUGGUACAGACCUCUCUGACAUGCCAAGUCCAACUGAGGUGGUUGCUCUUCUUAAAGCUCAAAACAUUCAAUAUAUCAGGCUCUACGAUGCAGAUAGAGCCAUGCUCCUUGCUCUUGCAAACACAGGCAUCCAAGUCACUGUUUCUGUCCCAAAUGAUCAGAUCCUUGGGAUAGGUCAGUCCAAUGCCACCGCGGCCAACUGGAUCACUCGCAAUGUGAUAGCACAUGUUCCUGCCACAAACAUAACAGCUAUAGCUGUUGGAUCUGAGGUCCUAACUGCCCUCCCAAAUGCUGCUCCAGUUCUAGUCUCUGCCUUAAAGUUCAUUCACUCAGCACUUGUUGCCUCCAACCUUGAUCGCCAAAUUAAAGUCUCUACACCACACUCUUCCUCCAUUAUUCUUGACUCCUUUCCUCCUUCCCAAGCCUUCUUCAAUCGCUCAUGGGACAAAGUCAUGAUUCCGGUGCUCAAUUUUUUGCAAUCUACAGAUUCAUAUCUCAUGCUCAAUGUAUACCCAUACUAUGAUUACAUGCAAUCGAAUGGUGUGAUCCCCUUGGACUAUGCACUUUUCCGCCCUCUCCCUCCAAACAAGGAAGCCGUGGAUGCUAAUACAUUGUUGCAUUAUACUAAUGUCUUUGAUGCAAUUGUUGAUGCCGCGUAUUUUGCAAUGUCCUACUUAAACAUCACAAAUCUCCCAAUUGUGGUGACUGAGUCAGGCUGGCCUUCCAAGGGUGACUCAGCGGAGCCAGAUGCCACACUAGACAAUGCUAACACCUACAACAGUAACCUAAUCAAGCAUGUGCAAAACAACACAGGGACUCCUAAGCAUCCUGGGAUUGCUGUUAGUACUUACAUUUAUGAGCUCUACAAUGAGGAUUUGAGGCCAGGAUCAGUCUCUGAAAAGAACUGGGGACUUUUUGAAGCAAAUGGAUUGCCAGUUUAUACCUUGCACUUGAUAGGUGCUGGAACUGUAUUGGCAAAUGACACAACGAACCAAACCUUUUGUGUCGCAAAGGAUGGUAGUGACAGAAAGAUGCUGCAGGCUGCCUUAGAUUGGGCUUGUGGACCUGGAAAAGUUGAUUGCUCAGCUAUGCUGCAAGGGCAACCAUGUUAUGAACCAGACAAUGUGGUGACUCAUGCAACAUACGCCUUCAAUGCAUACUAUCAGAAGAUGGCCAAGUCUCCUGGGACUUGUGAUUUCAAAGGGGUAGCUACUAUUACGACCACAGAUCCGAGUCAUGGUUCUUGUAUAGUUCCUGGAAGUGCUGGAAGAAAUGGGACAUUAGAUAAUAGUACAUCGCUAGCUCCAUCUUCAAAUUCCACAACUGCUUCCUCUGGGUGCAUUUCACUAAUUUUCCAUAAUAGUGGUUCCUUUGCAACCUCUGCCAUCAUAGGUUUCUUAGUUCUAAGUGCAGUAUUCUUGUAGAACCUCUUUUCCUGUAGCUGUUUGAUACAACUGAGUUUUUUUUUUUUUUUCAAUAUUCGGAGUCUGAGACCUGUUGGAAACUUGCAGCAAAACCCAAUUUUGUACUCCUCCCAAGGAGGAACGCUAAGGGGUAGCAAGCUUGAUUGAACUGAACAGAUAGUUGCACCUUAAUCAAAAGGUGAGACUUGUCCAUUAGAAUUUGUAGAAACAGAUCCCCAUGAUCAGUUAGGAGAUUAUCUUUGUAACUAGUUUGUUUGAUGGAAAUCCGGUCUCCAUCUGAGGUCUGGGUCCACUCAAUUUAUUCAGGAGAGGUGUUGAACCUUGUUAACAAGUCAAAUGUAUUAUGUAAAUCUGC